UAUAUGUUACUAAUAUAAAUCGUAACGUUUUCAAGCAACUUCAUAACGAAUUCUUCAUAUUUGGUGCAAACACGGUGCAACUACGAUUUGUAAAAAAGAAAUCAUUUUCAAUUUCAGACUCUCUUGCUGACUCGGGCAAAUCCUCAUGGUCCUCACUUGAUCGCUCUUCUCCGGUAUAUCCUCCUAGUCGAUUCUGUCACCUGUCGAGUCCUUCGCGAACGCUAACUAUGGAGAAAAAGAAGAAAAUAGACGAAAGUAUUCCGAAGUCAAUACCUGAGGUCUACCUUACUAGGCUUCUUACAAGUAAGGGAACUGUACAGAAAUAUAUCGAGGACUUCUUGGAAUCCGUAUUAUUUCUGGAUUCCUCAACAUAUCCACCUAUUCUCAAACGGACUUUCGAUUUGCUUGAGGAAGAAGCAGCUAGGAAUGGGAUAUCGGAUCAUCAACUGGUGCAGCAGUGGAAGUCGAACUUGUACGUACUGCGAGUUUGGGUACACCUCAUCAAAAAUCCUAAAAUCUUGUUGGAUGUCUCGGAAUCCAUAAGUCAAGACGGAAAUUUGUCGGUUGUUGCACAAACACUGGUAGACUGCUUCUCUUUUUCGGAGCAAUCGCUUGGAGCACAUUCACCCAGCUCUAGGUUACUUUUUGCAAAGGAGGUAGCUCGCCUUCGUCCUUUGUCUACAGAUCUAUUCCGAAGAAUCCGACGGCAACCACCCGUAUGUGAAGAAGCGUUCACUGAAAAAUUGAACGAGGUAGCGAAUGACCUCCGAGACUGUACUCGUUCGACGGUGGCGCUAUCCGAACUGCUGACAUGGGUGCGAGGAAAUGGCGUUCGUCUGAUUGAAGUAAGUCCUAAUCUCACAAAGGCGGAGUUCAAGCAAAUGAGAGUUGUUUUCUUAUGUGGGGAAGAAUUGGGAAGUUUGGACUAG